UUUCUGUUUCUACCUACUUUGCUUCUUCAACUCCAUGUCUGCGAAUUCAUAGUCAUCAGUAUGGAGAACAGUACUACUACAACAAGGAAAAUAUGGAACUUUAAGGAGACUGAGAAGUUAGAGAGUGCACCGAAUCUCACCAUAAGAAUUGUCCUUGACAAGUUGAGGUCUUGCCUCGACACUGCUGAUACCCGACCGGUUAUCCCUCUCUGCCUUGCCGAUCCUUCUGCUUUCCCCUGUUUCCGGACUACACCAAUCGCCGAAGAUGCUAUUGUUGAUGCUGUUCGCUCUGCUAAGUUUAACUGCUAUUCUCCCACUGUCGGCAUCCUUCCUGCUAGAAGGGCGGUAGCAGAAUACCUUUCUCAAGAUCUCCCAUACAAGUUGUCCCCUGAUGAUAUUUACUUGACAAGUGGAUGUAUUCAAGCAAUUGAAGUACUUUUGAGUGCUCUUGCACGCCCAAACGCAAAUAUUCUACUUCCCACUCCUGGAUUCCUUUUUUAUGAAGCUAGGGCUGCAUUUACCCAUAUCGAAAUGCGCCACUUUAAUCUUCUCCCGGACAAGGAGUGGGAGGUGGACCUUAAUGCGGUUGAGUCUUUGGCCGAUGAAAAUACCGUGGCUAUAGUCAUUAUUAAUCCUGGGAAUCCUUGUGGCAAUGUCUACACAGACCAACACUUGAAGAAGGUGGCAGAGACGGCAAGAAAACUUGGAAUUUUAGUUAUUUCUGAUGAAGUUUAUGCUCAUCUCACUUUUGGAAGUAGACCAUUUGUGCCUAUGGGAGUCUUUGGAUCGAUUGCCCCUGUUAUUACUCUCGGAUCCAUAUCAAAGAUGUGGAUUGUCCCUGGUUGGAGACUUGGUUGGCUUGUUACAAAUGAUCCGAAUGGCAUACUAAAAGAGCAUGGGGUCAUAGAUUCCAUCACGGGAUAUCUCAAUAUAUCUUCUGACCCUGCGACUUUUAUUCAGGGGGCAAUUCCUCAGAUCCUUAAGAAUACAAAAGACGAUUUCUUCUCUAAAAUAGUAAAUAUGCUAAGAGAAGAUGCAGAUUUCUGUUAUGAAAGAAUCAAGGAUAUUCCUUGCAUCACUUGCCCAAGUAAACCUCAAGGAUCUAUGUUUGUGAUGGUUCAACUUCAUUUGAAUCUUCUAGAAGACAUCGAAGAUGACCUGGACUUUUGUGCAAAGCUGGCUAGGGAAGAAUCUAUGAUAAUUUUACCAGGUGUUGCUGUAGGACUCAAGAAUUGGCUCAGGAUAACUUUUGCGUGUGAGCCAUCAUAUCUGGAAGAUGGCUUCCAGAGACUAAAUGCUUUCUAUAAAAGGCACGCCAAGAAACAAGAAGCUACUGUCUGA